UCCCCAAAACCUGUGUCAUUGUGCACGUCAGACGACGCAAAUAAAAGGUUUAAUGACACCCGCAUGCGUGUUAACUCAGCUGUGGCAAGUUUUAAUUUUUUUUGCGCAGGCGCAGUGGCACCUCGCUACCACAACACAGUCACACAGCAACGGCAGCUUCCGGUUCCGGUGUUUCGCUCUGUGUUUACAGCUACAGGUUAGCAACUUGAGAGCAAGUUUACAAUCGUUAAAAGUUAACCAUUAACACUUAUCUUGUAAUAAUUCGCAGAAAGUGAGGCAGCCAGUUUAAAAAAAAGACAACGGGUAAUCAAUUACGAGGCUGUUACAGUGUUAAUUUGGGCUCAUUUAACUUGGACAUUAAUGUAAUGCUGACCAGUCACUAGGGUUUGACAACAGCAGGUUGAAAUAAAUAAACAUUAAAAACGGGAUCUUAAUUAUUUAAAAAAAGGCGCGUACAUUUUUUUAGCCGUACAAACAAAGCGAUAUGUUAUACGAUGCGGUACCUCGUGUACACUGAAGUUACCGACCGUAUUCACUCGCACGGUCAGUAUAGUCCCUGACUUGAGACUCGUAAUUCAGUCCAAGCAGGUGACCCUGUCUCAGUCAAAACAAGACAUUUCAGUAUGACGCGAAAACUGUGACUAAAGAACUGGAAAGAGAAGCCGGACCGUGCAAGAAGGAACCGGAGGAAGCAGGUCUCAUAUUCUAGGAUAGUCCGCUGGGGCUGCUGACAUGUCCGCACCCUCACCGGUCCAAAUCAAAGAGGCUAACGCGCACCUCGCCGCGGUGCACCGGCGUGUGUCAGAGCUGGAGCGGCGGCUGGCGGCGGCGGAGAACACGGUGCGGGAACAGGCGGAGAGUCUCAUCCGAAAAGAUGAGCAGCUGCGGGCCGCCACUCAGGAAAUCACAGAGGCCAAGGACAGGGAAAUCACUUUCUUGCAUGAAAAGCUGUGCAGCUCAGAGGAGACUAUUCAGAAGUUCCAGUGCAUCAUCAAAGAGAAAGACGGUUUGAUCUUGCAGCUGAGACACAGGAGCCAGAUACUGAACAACAUCUGCAAGAGCCGCCCCCUGCUGGACAGCAUGCUCUCCUACAUCGCGGAGGCUGAGCGGCUGGGCUCAGUGGCUGGGGGAGGGGACACAGUGAUGAGCAUGUCUAUUGCGGAUGAGCUGGCUCAUUCAAACUGUAGCUCCAACAGACUUGUGAACCACAAGGAUUUCUCACUCAGCGAGGAUGACAUUGACGAGCAGGACCUGGACGAAACCAUGUUUGGGACAACUGUAUAGAGUUGAGCAGGCAAGUGAGCAGCUGCUACCACCGGUCAUGUAUAGCUGUAAUCAAAGGAUUGCAUCACCUUGAAUUCUAGGACGUAAUUAAAAAACAAAAAAAAACAAAAACAAGUAUAGGAACAUAAUUUAGAUCUUUUAUUUAUCAUGUAAUCAAAUAAACUAUACAAUUAUAUUGCAAAAGUCUACCGGAAGCCAUAAUAGUAGUACAGUAUUUCUAGACUUUGAAAUGUCACUUUUUUUUUCGUUAAGAAUAUGUAAGUGCAACAUGACUCAGCAGGUUUCAUUCGGCUUGAUGAAGCAAAAUUCAUUCAUUCUAGAGGGGUGAUGCAGAACCUUUGGCCAGAGCUGUAGGGGCUUUGGUACAUUCCAACAGCUUCUCUUGAACGGACGCUUAGGGCCAAAAGGUAAGACUCCUGAAUGGCCCUGGUCUGUGGCCCAUAAGUGCAGUCCAAGGCACACACAGCGGGCAACAGUGUGCUUGCAAUGGGCUGCGGCCCGUGCGCGGGAGAAAACUGCCAGCUGCACGCAGCUAGACCAACAUCUCAAGAGAAAACAAAAGAAGUAGUCUGCUGUAAGAUUCUGUCUUUCAGGUUUUUUUUUUUUGUAUCUAGUUCUAGCACACAAAGAAAGUUGCAAUUACUGUAUAUAAAUAUAAAUAUCUAUAUUUUAAUACAUUUUUUUUAAAAGCUUUGUUUGUUCCACUUAAAGGGGACUUUUCAAUUGUGGUGCAUUCUGUAGCAAUGUGGCUGCAGAAAUCUGUGUCGUUACAGCAAUACCAUUGGUUUUUUUUUUUUUCACUUUGUUUAUGUGAAGCUGGCCCUGCGUAUCUUUAUCCAUACCACAGGCUGUUAUAACUGAUCAUUGAAAGCAGUUUUCUUUUUUAUCUUUUAAAUUGGUAAACUUCAGAUCUAGGUCUUAAAAGCACUUGUUUGGUUAUAGGGAUUGGGUAAAGUAAACUAUGUGGUUAUUUUUUUUAAAUAGUUAAAUCUAUAUUUUUGUUUUAAUUUCUUUUUUUUCUGGGUAAUUUAUAAAUAUACUACUUUGGGGGGAAACUUGCACCAAUGUGCACCAUUUUUGAAAAUUCAUAUAUAUAUAUAUAUAUAUAUAUAUAUAUAUAUAUAUAUAUAUAUAUAUAUAUUAUAAUUUAAAGGGUACUAUUUUUUUGUAUAAUAUUUAUGCUAACAGCAGUUAUUGGGGAGAUAUAUAUAUAUAUAUAUAUGUGUGUGUGUGUGUGUGUGCACUAAAUCUUCUUGCAUAUUGGGUACCAUUGACCACUAUUCCAAUAUUUAGCAUUUUGACAAAACAGAACUAAAGCCUGCUGUUGUGCAACUCUCAGCUCAAACACCUCUUACUUUGGUGCUGAUUAUGAAGGUAAUGUCAGUUUAGUACAUACAUACAUACAACAAGUUCACUUGUGUCUAGCGUUCAAUGUGUUUAUGUGCUUCAUAAAAAACAAAAAGCACAUUGCCUUCCUAAAGCACUGGUUUUCAACUCUUAACCUUCAGGGACCCCAGUACCAAAUAUUUAAUAUUUAUCAGCUUUCCCGUCUGUAACUAGAGAUUACUGUAUGAUCUUUUAUGACUAAAUUAAAAAGAAACUGCAGAAACAGUAAACUCAAAACGGUACUACAAGAGAUCUACAUAACAUUUUGUAUAAUGUUCUGGUUUUAAUAACAGAUCACGGUUCGGGGUGCAUGAGGGGCAGAUUUGAGAACCUGUGUUCAGCACAGAUUGUCUAGUUGCUUCAGUGAAGCAGAAACUAUGCAACUUGUACCUUUUGACUUUAGUCUGUCUUUUAGUAUGUUGCUUCAGGUUUAGUGAUUCCGUUUCUCAAAUAGAGAAGCAAAAGGGUAACCCGCGUUAACCCGAGGGGUCUCGCUUCGAUAUCUGGGGUCCCUUUCUAAUUCCUGCCCUUCUGGUAGCCUUAAAUUGCACCUUUAAUGUUUGAAACCUGGGUCACCAUUUUUGAUUCCGUUCACGGUCACCAAAAACCUGUCCAUUCCGCUCUUCAGAGCAACACUGCUAGAUUCUAGGAUUGUUGUUUAAGCUGUGAAUGAUUUGCACAUCGAAUGUUAUGAUUUCAUUUUGAAUGAACAUCUUGUCUCAUUGUCAGAGGGCGGCACCUCGUACAUUCUGCAUGCUCUGCUGCAAACAUAACGAAAGCUGGUCUUUAAAAAUGUAAUUUUACUGAAAGCAGUCACAUUGCUUUGCAUCACAACUCCUCAUGCACCGGUAUUGCAUUGAAAUAACCCCUUCUCGUUUAGACCCCAGCGAGAGUGUUUGUGAGAAUGGACUUGAACAGCAGGGACACACUCUUAUCUUCAGUCUACUAAACGCUCCGCACUUAUCCAUUAUAAACCGCAUAUAUAAGAUGUAAUCAGUGUAGUACAGCAGUGUUCUUUUGUAAUUUCAAGAAACACUUCACGCAUUAACCAUCUAUAAAGGAGUAUUAUUGUAUUGUAUAUUUAAGGUGGCCUAUACCGACCAAGGAAGCAAGAAAUAUUACACAUACAGGUCUGAAUGCAAACGGUUCACUUGCUUGAGCUUUAAUCAUGUAUGUAGAUGCCUUUAAAUGUACCAGGCAUUGCCUUAGUAACUGGACUGUAGUUGGAAACCAUGCAAGAGUGUAGACUGGUAGCCGACAGUACCUCAGACUGCAGUCCAUGUGUUAGACAGCAGAAUGAAGCAAUGCACAAGGUGUUCGGUGGUAGAGGUGUAUUAUACUUAGGAAGGCACUUCUGGGAUAUUGUAGAAAUGCU